GCAACACAUUUUUCAGAGUUUACUUUGGUCACCACGACGAUGAAAAAUUGACAGCAGAAAUGCUCGUGAAGUUAGCUUCAUAUUCAUUUGGAACUGUAGACAGCAAGAGUUAGGAUAUAGGCCAAAGAGCACAGAUAUAGACCAAAGAGCAAAUUUAAAGUGAGAAGAUUUACAAAAUAAAUGAUGAGGACAUUUACAGCUGCCUUCCUUCUUGGCGUGAUCUUGGUUCUGUACCUAGAAACAAAUGCAAUGCCAAUAGAUGGAUCAGGCUCAGGAUUAGGGCCUGAUCAUGGAUCUGGGUCAGGAUCAGGUUCUGGUCAUGGAUCUGGUUCGGGAUCUGGCUCAGGAUCAGGUUCUGGUGAUGGAUCUGGCUCAGGAUCGGGUUCUGGUCAUGGAUCAGGAUCAGGCUCUGGUGAUGGAUCUGGCUCAGGAUCGGGUUCUGGUCAUGGAUCAGGAUCAGGCUCUGGUGAUGGAUCUGGCUCAGGAUCGGGUUCUGGUCAUGGAUCAGGAUCAGGCUCUGGUGAUGGAUCUGGCUCAGGAUCGGGUUCUGGUCAUGGAUCAGGAUCAGGCUCUGGUGAUGGAUCUGGCUCAGGAUCAGGUUCUGGUCAUGGAUCUGGCUGGGAAUCUGGCUCAGGAUCAGGCUCUGGUGAUGGAUCAGGGUCAGGAUCAGGUUCUGGUCAUGGAUCUGGCUGGGGAUCUGGCUCAGGAUCAGGCUCUGGUGAUGGAUCUGGCUCAGGAUCGGGUUCUGGUCAUGGAUCAGGGUCAGGAUCAGGCUCUGGUGAUGGAUCUGGCUCAGGAUCGGGAUCUGGUCAUGGAUCAGGGUCAGGAUCAGGCUCUGGCUCAGGAUCUGGCUCAGGAUCAGGUUCUGGUCAUGGAUCUGGCUGGGAAUCUGGCUCAGGAUCAGGCUCUGGUGAUGGAUCUGGCUCAGGAUCAGGUUCUGGUGAUGGAUCUGGCUCAGGAUCGGGAUCUGGUCAUGGAUCAGGGUCAGGAUCAGGCUCUGGCUCAGGAUCUGGCUCAGGAUCAGGUUCUGGUCAUGGAUCUGGCUCUGGUGAUGGAUCUGGCUCAGGAUCAGGUUCUGGUCAUGGAUCUGGCUGGGAAUCUGGCUCAGGAUCAGGCUCUGGUUCAGGAUCAGGUUCUGGUCAUGGAUCUGGCUCAGGAUCGGGUUCUGGUCAUGGAUCAGGGUCAGGCUCUGGAUUUGCUAAUGACCUUGACUUUGAAGUUCCACUUUAGAAUUGGCUUAUUCAUCAAGAAAUUUUCAAAUUCUCUCAAUUCGUUUGAGAGAGGGAAGCAAAGAAUAACACAAAUAAUUGCAUAACAUGAUACAAUGGAAUAAAAACACGAGAAUAAAAGCAUCCUGCAUUUACCAAUUCUUUUCAUUUACUCGACACAUCUAAAAUCUUUUUGCACCACUAGCUUUUUGCUGCAUUUAAAUUCGUGAAGUUUUAAUGUCCUUGUAAUAACAAAAUGACAAUGAGAUUAA